AUGGGCAGGAUAGCCGUGGUCAUCGACAAUGGCAGUGGCUUCACCAAGGUGGGUUUUGCUGGGGAGGAAAAGCCCCGAUUUAUCCUGAAGACAGCCAGCUGCUUGCAUGACUGUACCACUGCGAUGCGGGGCAUGCCUUGCAGCCUGGAUGCCUUGGGCACAUCACCGAGCGGAAGCCGCCCCUUGAAGCACGGGAUUGUAGUAGACUGGGAAGCCAUGGAGAGUUUGUGGCGCCACCUCUUUGCUUGUGGCCUGAAGAUCAGCCCUAAAAACUGGCCUGUCCUCAUGAGUGACUCGCCCACCAGCCCACCCAAGCAUCGGGAGAAGGUGGCUGAACUGAUGUUCGAGACUUUCUCAGUGCCAGCCUUCCACAUAGCCAGCACAGGCCUGCUGGCUCUGUGCUCCGGGGGGAGCCUCAGUGGGUUGUCGGUAGAAGCUGGGGCAGAUGUGUGCCAUGCCACACCUAUCUACGCCGGCCACACCUGGCACAAGGCCACGUUCCGGCUUGAUAUAGCUGGGGCAGCCCUCUCUAAAUACUUCCAUGGACUGCUGCUGGAGGCCUGUCCUGAACUGAGGCUACAAGCCCUACCACGGCGCAUGGUCACCAAGCUGAAGAAGCAAUGCUGCUAUGUAUCCUUAGAUUACGAGGCAGCCUUGCGCGCCUCCACACUCCGGCUCCCCUCAGCAUGCUUCUGCACAGCCGACGGCUGCCCAGUGACCCUGACCGAUGAGCGCUUCCGCUGCCCCGAGCCCUUGUUCCAGCCCAGCAUGCUAGGCCACAGCUCUCCAGGCCUAUCCAGCCUGGCUUUCCAGGCCCUGCAGGCAGUUCCAGAAACGAUCCGGCCCAAGCUAGCGGCCAAUGUGCUGGUGGCAGGGGGUUCCACGCUCUUUCCUGGCUUCCCACAGAGGCUGAGGCUGGAGCUGAAGGCCCUGUGCCAGAAGCAGCAACAGUGGCCGGCAGUGACCUCAGGGACAGUGUUACAUCCACAUUUGGUGGCCAAACCGGAGCGGGGCCUGGCAGCUUGGGUGGGAGGCUCUAUGGCCGGCUCACUCCACUCCUUCCAUCGUCUAUGGGUAACACGUGCCAUGUAUGAGGAGCGAGGUGCAGGCUGUGUGCAUGCGGUAUUUGAUUGA